CUCAAAAUGGCAAAUUAAGAGUCAUGAUAUUGAAAUGGAAUUUGUUGAAAAACAAUUUUGUGAAGUUGGUAUACAGAUUGAAAAACAAUAUUGUGAGGUUGAUUAUAUAUAUGAUUAUGUAGUUGAAAGUUGGGAAUACGAUCAAAAAAUAUAUAAAUUAAGUCAAGAAUUGAUUGAACAAAAUAAUGAUUUAUUAUUAAAAUGGAAAAAUCGAUUUAGUACCCAAGAAAAAAAAGAAUUGAUUCAAUU